AUGGCUUCGAAGUACUACGCUCAGACCAUCUCCUCUGCUUCCGUUAAGAGUGGGGGUUUCACUCGGGCUGCAUCCAUCCAUUCUGGGGGCUCCUGCAGAGCACCCAGCCUCGCUUUUGGGAGCAGAAGCAUCUCAUCCUCUCCCCUCAAGCUAGGGCCUGGGAGCAGUUUGCCUCCCCUCUGUCCACCACAUACCACCUUUGGGCCAGGAUUUGUUGGAAGCUAUGGCUGGCAUGAUGAUGGAAUCUUCAACUGCAAUGAAAAGGAGCUGAUGCAGUGCCUGAAUGACCGCCUGGCAAGCUACCUGGAGAGAGUGCGGUGCCUGGAGCAGGAAAAUGCCCACCUGGAAUGCAAGAUCCGGGACUGGCAUGAGUGCCACGCCCCCUACGUAUGUGUAGAUUAUCAUGCUUACCACAAGAUUAUUGAGGAACUUCUACACCAGAUGCACUGUGCCAAGACAGACAAUGCCCGGCUGGUUUUGGAAAUUGACAAUGCUCGUCUAGCUGCUGACGACUUCAGGACCAAGUAUGAGACUGAGCUGGCCCUUCGACACAGUGUUGAAGCUGACCUUAAUGGCUUGCGCAAAAUUCUGGAUGAACUGACCUUGUGCCGGGCUGACCUGGAAACUCAGCUUGAAUCCCUCAGUGAGGAACUCCUUUUCCUCAGGAAGAACCAUGAAGAGGAAGCUAACACACUCCGCUCAAAACUCGGGGCCAGAGUUAACGUAGAGGUGGAUGCUGCCCCGUCAUGUGACCUGAACAAGGUCCUGGAUGAGAUAAGGUGUCAAUACGAAACCCUGGCUGAAAAAAACCGCAGAGAUGUUGAGAUCUGGUUCUCCUCCAAGAUGGAAGAGUUGAACCAGCAGGUGAUCUCCAGUGGAGAAGAGCUGCAGACCUGCCAGUCAGAAAUCAUUGAGCUGAAACAUACAGUGCAGACUCUUGAGAUUGAUCUGGAUGCCCAACAAAACAUGAAAAGUGCACUAGAAGGUACCCUGCAUGAAACUGAAGCCCGUUAUGGCACCCAGCUAGCGCAAAUCCAGUGCAUGAUCAGCAACAUAGAAGGUCAGCUGGGGGAACUCCGGUGUGAAAUGGAACGCCAAAGCCAUGAAUACAAGAUUCUUCUGGAUGUCAAGUCUCGCCUGGAAGGAGAAAUUUUAACAUACCAACGUCUACUGGAGGGAGAAGAUUGCAAGAUUCCCAAGAUCCCAUGCAUGCCGGCAUCCCCUCCUCCUCCGGUCUGUGCUCCAAGCCCCCAGAUCUCGAAGAAAAUCCGCACAAUUACAGAGGAGAUCAGGGAUGGAAAGGUCGUAUCCUCUCGUGAAGAAGUCAAGCAUGUAACCCUCUAGAGCAC